AAGGCUGACACUCUUUAGAACUUUAGGAACUCGGUCUUCAGUCGCACAUUGAAGGUUUCCAGACAAUGUCGAGUGCAAAGCUGAUCGCUCUGUGUGUCUUGGUUGUUCUGACUGGACAAUCGGUUGGCCAAAAUGUGGCCGUAAUGCAGUCGGUUGAGUGGGCCAAUGAACAGUUCAAAACCGCCCAAGUUAUUGCCCGAGAAAAACUGCCAACUAGUGCUGACGCCCAGAGUGAUGCCCAAGAACAAUUGGACACCUUGAAAAUGGCCUUAUCCCAUUGCGAAACCGAGCUAAGGUCCACCCUCAAUGUCAAUACCCACAAGACCUGCGUUAAUGCCGUCUUUGCUGUCUUCUACACCGGUCUGGAUCGUUUGGCCGGCGAGCAUUGGGCCAUUUAUGGAGCUACUUCAGGGGCUUCUCGCAUAGGCCUGUUCUGGUAAUAUAGAAAUACCGAAACAGUGAAAAUCUCCUUUUAACAUGUUUUUAAUAUUUCUGUAAAAGUUUUUACAAGUUAAUUACAAAUUUUUAUGCAAAUUGAACAUAAAUGUUGUAGAGAUAAUUCUUUAAGGUUGUGUGGGUUUUUAUAGAAAAGAUAAGCUUUAAUAAUACGAAUAAUGUUAAAUCAUUGGACUAAUAGUUUUAAUAAAACAUAAAGAAAACUAUA